UUGACACCACAACAAUUCCUCUCUAAUAAAUCAAUAUAGAAUAAAAUAAUGAGUGGAUUUCGUGUAUUGGAUUUGGUGAAACCAUUCUCACCAUUUCUUCCAGAAGUGAUUGCUCCAGAACGUAAGAUUCAAUUUCAACAAAAGGUGAUGUGGACCAUCAUCACAUUGUUGAUUUUCCUUGUCAUGUCGGAAAUCCCAUUAUAUGGUAUUGUAUCCUCCGAUUCCAGUGAUCCAUUGUUCUGGUUGAGAAUGAUGCUUGCUUCUAACCGUGGUACGUUGAUGGAAUUGGGUAUUUCCCCAAUUGUUUCUUCCGGUAUGCUUUUCCAAUUAUUACAAGGUACCAAGUUAAUUCUGGUUGACAUGAGUAAUAAAACUGACAGAGAAAACUUCCAGGUUGGUCAAAAGUUAUUGGCUAUUUUGUUGGCUGUCGGACAAGCCACUGUGUACGUGUUGACUGGUAUGUAUGGACCUCCAAAGAGCUUGGGAGUUGGUGUUUGUUUGUUAUUGAUUUUACAAUUGGUUUUCGCCAGUAUUAUUGUUAUUCUUUUAGAUGAAUUAUUACAAAAGGGCUACGGUUUAGGUAGUGGUGUUUCCUUGUUCACCGCCACCAACACUUGUGAACAAGUUUUCUGGAAGGCUUUUGCUCCAACCACCUCUACUUCUGCCAAGGGCACUGAAUUUGACGGUGCUGUUGUUGCCAUGUUCCACUUGUUUGGUACCAGAAAGGAUAAGAGAAGAGCCUUGAUUGAAUCUUUCUAUAGACCAAACUUGCCAAACAUGUUUCAAGUUUUUGCAACUUUGUUUGUCUUUUUCGCUGUGGUUUACUUGCAAGGUUUCAGAAUUGAAUUGCCAAUUAAAUCCACCAAGCAAAGAGGUUCUUAUGGAGUUUACCCAAUUAGAUUGUUUUACACCUCCAAUAUUCCAAUUAUGUUGCAAAGUGCCUUGAGUUCCAAUGUUUUCAUUAUUUCCCAAUUAUUAUUCAUGAGAUGGCCAAGCAACUUGUUUGUCAAGUUGUUGGGAUCAUGGGAACCAAGACCAGGUUCUUCUCAAUUGUAUGCCAACAGCGGUAUUGCUUAUUAUAUUCAACCACCAUUCUCAUUAACUGAAGCGUUAUUAGACCCGAUUAAGACCACCAUUUACAUUGCCUUUGUCUUGGUUUCCUGUGCCGUUUUCUCCACCACUUGGAUUGAAGUCAGCGGUACCUCUCCAAGAGACAUUGCCAAGCAAUUCAAAGAACAAGGAUUGGUUAUUGCCGGUCAUAGAGAAACUUCUGCUUAUAGAGAAUUAAAGAAGAUUAUUCCUACUGCCGCUGCCUUUGGUGGUGCUACCAUUGGUGCCUUGUCAGUGGCCUGUGAUUUAAUGGGUACUUUGGGUUCCGGUACUUCUAUACUUUUAGCCGUCACCACAAUUUAUGGAUAUUACGAGUUGGCUGCUAAGGAAGGUGGAUUCAGUAAGAACUUGGUUUCUGGUUUUUCUGAUGGUAUUUAGUUGUAUUUUUGUAUUAGUCGCAUUUUGUUGUAAACAGUACAGUUUAAGAAGAAAAAAAAAUCUCACGUUUAGCUCAUCGAAUACAUAGUAAAAUUUAUACAGUAACUUUAUAC